CCAGCCAGUUAGUGGCAGACCUAUGCUUUAGCUCCAUGGCUGCAGAUAGAUACAGUAUAUGAUACUCCAAAUCACCGGUAGGCAAUGGAUGAACAGUAAAUAUACUGCUGCUGUUUUUAUAUAGGUAGAUCUGUAUAGCUUAGGGUCAGCUAGCCGCCAUGUGAAAUUAUUCCCUUCAUCAUUGUACGUGCACUACCUUCGAUCGAUCGAUAGAUAUGAUAUUCCAUUCAUCAUGUGUGUGCAUGCCUAUAUAUUUCAAUAUAUGCAUACGUCCAUCUCAGUACCAUGACCAAGUAGCUCAAUCGGUUAAUUAAUCUCUGCUACUUAUAAUUAUAAUUAAUUGAUUAUUAGUCACAAUCCAGUUAUAUCAAGCUAGCUUAAUUACCGGUACCAGGCCAGUAUAAUAUAUGGCAUCCGACCAUGAAAACCACACGAAGAAAGGAGGCUGGAUCACUACUAUUCCGUUUCUCGCAGGAAGCGUGGUAGGGUUGGGGAUGGCGAUGAGCGCGACGAGCAGCAACCUCAUCGUGUACCUGGUGCACAAGUACAACGUGAAGGCCAUCCACGCCGCCCAGAUCUCCAACGUCGUCCGCGGCUGCAUGCAGCUCGCCCCCGUCCUCGCCGCCGCCCUCUCCGACGCCUUCUUCGGCCCCUAUCCCAUCGCCGUCGCCGGCCUCGUCUUCUCCCUCCUUUCAUUUGUACUGUUCACGUUGACGGCCGCGCUCCCGUCGCUACUCCCGCCGCCGUGCCAGCGUGGCGCCGGCGGCGGGGGCGCCACCGCGACGUCGUGCGAACCGCCGAACGCCGCGCAAUCCGCCGUCCUCUACGCGGCGCUGUGCCUCCUGGCCGCGGGCAACGGCGGCACGCGGUACAACAUGGCGGCGCUGGGCGCCGACCAGUUCGCCGGCGAGGGGCAGCCGCGGCGGCGGCGGCAGGGCGGCGGGUUCUUCAGUUGCUACUUCGCGUUCCUGUACGCCUCCUACGCGACCGGCGACACGGUCCUCGUCUACGUGCAGGACGGCGUCAGCUGGGCCCUCGGCUUCGGCGUCUGCGUCGCCACCACCGGGCUCGCCCUCGCCGCGCUGCUCCUCGGCUCCCGCCAUUACCGCCGGCCCGUCCCCAAGGGCAGUCCGUUCACGGCCAUGGCCAGGGUCGCCGUCGCCGCGGCGAGGAAAGCAACGGUGGAUUUGGGUUCACGAGUCCAAUAUUACCAUGGAUGCAAUCGUGACGACGCAGUGCCACGAGCUGACCAAGCUCCAAGUGACAGAUUCAGGUUUUUGAACCGAGCGGCCAUGGUGGUGGCGGGGGAGACGAGGGAGGAGGACGGGUCGGUGGCGAAGCCGUGGCGGCUGUGCACAGUGCAGCAGGUGGAGGACGUGAAGUCGGUGGUGCGCGUGCUGCCGCUCUGGUCGUCGGGGAUCCUCGUCAGCGUGACGGUGAACGCGCAGGUGAGCCUCACCGUCCUCCAGGCGCUCACCAUGGACCGCGCCGUCGGCCCGCGCUUCGCCGUCCCGGCGGCCUCCAUCACGGUCACCGUGCUCGCCGCCUUCGUCCUCGCCGCCGCGCUCUUCGACCGCGUCGCCGCGCCGCUCUGCGCCGCCGCCGGCAAGCUCGCGAUCACCCCGCUACGCCGCGUCGGGCUCGGCCACGCCCUCAACGUCGCCAGCAUGGCGGUCGCGGCCCUCGUCGAGCGGAGGCGGAUCGGCGCCGCGCGCGGCCGCGCCGCGGCGGCGGCGGCGGUCGUGCCGAUGUCGGUGCUGUGGCUGGUGCCGCAGCUGGCGCUGACCGGCGCGGAGGAGGCGCUGCACCUGCCGGGGAACACGGCGCUGUUCUACGGCGAGCUGCCGGCGUCGCUGCGCGGCACGGCGACGGCGAUGCCGCCGCUGUUCAUCGCGGCGGGGUCGUACCUGAGCGCGGCGGCGGUGGACGCGGUGAAGAGGGGCACGACGUGGCUGCCCGACGACCUGAACGCGUCGCGGCUGGACUGCGUGUACUGGACGCUCGCCGUGCUCGCCGCCGUCAACUUGGGCUACUUCCUUUUGUGCGCCACCACGUACAAGUACAACAAUUACGGUGGUGACGAUGGCAAUGUGAAGGCCCAGACACAGACUGACGACGUUUCAUGACUGACUGUUUGACUUAUCUUUAGUCAAGGUGUUUUGCGAGAUAUAUAUACCUUAAUCUGUACAUAUAUGAAUUGUGUGCGAUAGCACGGCAAUGAUGAACUGGAUAUGAAUUGAAGCUCAAUUGUUAUUUGAAUUGAA